AUGGAGGAUUUAGGAGUGCUGCUGGUUACUGCAAACAUUGGAUCUCUCUCAGACCAUGUGAGUUAAAUUUUGAAAAUGUCUGUAUAUUUUCUAACAUCAUCCAUUCUUCAGGUAGUCCCCCUUUUCUAUACCCUGUAGCCUCUCACCCACCCCUCUUUACUGAUUUACUCUGGAAUUUCCACCUUUAACACAAAUUACCCUUCUCCUUUCCCUAAACUGUUUUGCAUUCUCCAGCUGCCGGAGACAUAGUCAAAUAGCAAACAUUUGCAGAUUUUUUUUUUUUAUUAUUAUGAACAAAUGCAAAAUCUACCCAGUGUGAUCCCUCCCAGUCACACAUCAGUUGGGCUUUGCUUCAUUAACCAUAUCCUUUGCACAGGCAGUCCAUCCUUUCCUUGAAUGAAUGAAUGAAUGCAUCUGUAUAUAUUUAUCUAUCCUGCCCCAGGCGCAUCUAGUUAACUUAAAAGCUAAAUAUUCCCCUGUUAAUAAGAACUCGACUGUUAGUAGCACCUCCUUCACAUGUUAUUCUCUCCCCCACCCCCUGCGUUAUCAUGGAUGGAGAUCGGUGUAUUGUGUUUUUCUUGCUGUUUGUGACUCUGCAUAUUGGUAAAUGAGGAACAAAUGUAUGCAAUAGUAUAUAUAUAGGAAGUUACAAAAUUUAGAUCAGUGAUGGCUAAUCUUUUACAUUCCAGCCAUACAAAUGCCGUACCAUACAAAUACUCUAAACAUAGCUAUUUAGAGGUUGUAUGCAAUAUAAACAAUAGUUGCCCCCUAACAGAAACAAAAUUAAGUGAUUUGAUAGAUUAUAUCCCUUAAAGGGACACUAUAGUCACCAGAACAAAUACAGCUUAAUGUAGUUAUUCUGGUGAAAUUAUUCAUUGCCUUCAGGCAUUUUCAUGCAAACACUGCAUUUUCCGAGAAAAGGCAGUGUUCACAUUGUCCCCUCGGGACACCUCCAAGUGGCCACUAAAGGUGCUUCCUGGCUCAGUGCUGCACAGUAGGCAGCUCUGCAGUUAAGCAUGGGACGCUGAAUUUUCCUCAUAGAAAUACAUUGAUUCAAUCAUCUCUAUGAGGAGGUGCUGAUUGGCCGCCCCCAUGGGAAAGCAUUGGAUUGGCUAAAUAUCUGCAGUUCUGAUGUCACCGCGCACGGCGCUGGAAAUAAGGUGAGCUUUUCAUGCUUUUAAAAGGGGGUGAGAUGGUGGGCUUAGCACUGUUUGCGUUCCUGACCCUAUAGUGUUCCUUUAAAACAGGGCUGCCCAAUUGGUUGAACCUCAGAUGCUGUAGAACUACAACUCCUAUGAUGCUUUGCAUGCCUUAAGAAUGCCUCUAGAACGACAAGGCAUCAUGAGAGUUGUAGUUCUACAAUAUCUGAGGAUCUACCUAUUGGGCAGCCCUGCCUUAAGCAUAUGUUGCAAGAAAUGCAAAAUUUUGCAUCAUGGACAUCUCUUUUAUCAGGGGUUAACCAUCACUGCUUUCACAGUUGACAGAGAUGGCAGAGAGAUGAGCAAAAGCUAGGGAGAUGUAUAGAUGAAGAGGUUAGCACCGCCUAUAAUAAUUUGAUCUUUUAUCCCCUUAGCUUUUGCUUUUACAAGUAAACUCUUGGACUGCAAUUACUAUUAUUUAUGUAGUGCCAACAUAUUCCAUAGCGUUGUACAGUAGUAAACAAGACAAACAUUAAAUUGUUAAAAAAGCUUGUGUGACAUAUGUGAACAUUAGGUCGAGGACCCUGCCAAAUGACUACAGGAUUUUCAAUAGAAAAAAAUAAGGGGAUGGAGGGCAUUUAAUUGAAAUAGUAUGACCAGAUUUACAGACCGCAAACCUUAUGUUUUUUGUCCUUGACAAAUUCAAACGCAACCUUACACUGGUUUAAAAAUAUAAGUACAGUGGAACCUCGGAACUUGAACGUUCCCAUUCUCAAACAAUUCAGAAGUCUAACUAAAAUUUCGCGUAAAAAAUAUCUCCGUACGCGAACGAUCCUCGGUACCCAAACACAUCACGCAGCAUUCACAGAGGGACACAAGUGUGGGAAAGCAUGGGAUACAAGUGUGAGAUGAGGAAAUAUGGGCAGAUGGACUAUGUGAAGGAAUAGAGGGGAAUAUAGGGAGCGGAAAACCAGAGGGCAGAGGGACACAAGUAAAGGGUGAAGGGAUAUGGACAGAAUUAUUAUGCUAGGAGAAAGAGGAGAAGGAUACCAGAUGACAAAGGGACAUGAGUAAAUUUUGGGGGUCUGGAAUGGAUUAAACAAAUUUGCAUUAAUUACUAUUGGAAAUGUUGAUUUGGUUCUCAAACUAAUUGGAACUCGAACAGUGUUCUGGAACGGAUUUAGUUCGAGUUCCGAGGUUCCACUGUAAAUGAUUUUCAGCAACUUUAAUCACGUAGCAAGACAUGAGUGCUACUGAUGCUCUUUUCGGGAAUAUUCACUUAAAGGACCACUCUAGGCACCCAGACCACUUCAGCUUAAUGAAAUGGUCUGGGUGCCAGGUCCCUCUAUGAUUAACCCUUUUUUUUUAUAAACAUAACAUUUAUAAUAGGGUUAAUCCAGCCUCCAAAUCCUCUAGUGGCUGUCUCAUUGACAGCCGCUAGAGGCGCUUGCGACACAAAAACGUCCAUAGGAAAGCAUUGUAAAUGCUUUCCUAUGAGACCGGCUGAAUGCGCGUGCAGAGAUCUCCACGCCCGGUGCUGGAAAAAAGGUAAGUUUUAACCCUUUCCUCUCCCCAGAGCCGGGCGGGAGGGGGACCCUGAGGGUGGGGGCACCCUCAGGGCACUAUAGUGCCACGAAAAAGUGUCUGUUUUCCUGGCACUAUAGUAGUCCUUUAAGCAGGAGAAUUAUGAAACAACAUCAUACAUGUGCAUUUUAUUUUCAAACACAAUUUUCCCAUUCCUAUUAUGAAAGAUGUCACAGUGAUUUGGUUCCCAAAGCUUUUUGAUGAGUGUCUAAAAAUCUUCUAGCCCAUUUAACCUGCACAUCAGAACUAGGAUUUUAGGUACACAAUGGAACCCUAUAGUGAAUUCUAUAAAACAUUUAUCCUUUACCUGCACCUCAGCAAACAUAGUGUACAUCAUAAUGUGCAUCAAAUGCAAAGGUGGAAUGUCAGAAACUGCACUAAAAAAUGCACCUACAUCUUUUUGCAUUUAAUAACAAAAAAUGGACAAUCAUAUGAGCAAACAUUUCACACAGCCCAGGACAGAGUCUUCAAGAUAUGAAAGUAUUUAUACUAAAGAGCAACUUCAAAUUAUAGGUUGAAAUAAGGAUGUGGGAAUUUAAAUUUAUAAAUAGGUUUGAUGUCUAAAUUCUGAGUUAAAUAUAAGACAGAGAUUCAUGGGUGCCUAUUUAGCAUAAGUGUAUUUUAACAUGUUUAGCUCUCUAUACCAGAUACAGAGACCAAACGUGGGUCAUGUAUGUCCAUUCAGAGCUCUUAACCUCUCUUAAUUGCCCUCCUUAUACAAAACAUCUGCAGAUACCGACCACCCCGUGUGACAUGAUUGCAGAGACCAUAACAAACUGACUGUUCCACCCUAAUGUUCAGUGUGUAUUAGUAUUUUUAUUUUUCCUUUAUACUAUGUAUAAAUAUGUCUUCACCCAACAAAAAAAGCUUGCAAAAUAUCCCUCUUUUAUUAGCUGAUAAAGGAAUCACUUAUACAUUGUUUGUUUGUUUUUUAUAUUGUAUUCACGUUUAGUUAUGUGGCUAAAAUGGUCCCAAUAAAACAAUUAUUAGAAGUUACCUGCAUAGCUCAGUCUGUAUUGGGGUAAUAUAGCAGAGAGAAUGGGAGUCUCUCAUGAAUCCACAGUUGUUUUAAAGCCUAAUAAUCCACUUCAAUGGAGAAUUGGCCAUAUUUGCUUUACUUUGUAAUUGCCUGUAUUGAGCUCUAUAUUGUUCCUCUGUUCUCCAGAUAGAGGACUGGUCAUUGGAUAUAACUAUCCAGCACAUCAUCAGCAAGAUUUAAUGCCCUUAUUUGUGGACAAAAACGUCUGAUGACAAACUUACCAGUAUCUGUGUUACUCAAUGCAUAUCACCACUGGUUAAAACACAUUGAUCUCUAAGAUUUAUGCUCCUAGAAAGCUUGAUCCGAUUUAUUGCUUCUCAAGCCAAAAGGUGAAAAAUUACCAAAAUUAAAUCUUCACAGUCCUCAACCCUCAAAAAAAAAACAUUGCAAGGGAGCUCAGCAUUGAGGGGAAAAAACAAGCAACACUCUUUUCAGUUGAAAAAGGUCUCUCACACACACACACACACACACACCACACAGCGAUUGUAAUCAAUCAUAUGCAUAAAUAUUAUAACACAUAUGGGGAUGUACAUAAAUGCCAAAUCUCUCAUUUUCAAAAUUCUAUAUGCCGUUUUAUGGCAUAUAUUAUUCAGAUGUUUAAUGUAUGAACAGCACUGAUUAUAUUCCUGCUAUAUCUAGUUAUAGACAAUUGACCUAGCCAAGGGCACUACCAAUUAACUUAAUUUUAUUCAACCACUAUAUAUUGGUGCAGGUAUUUUAUUUCCAUUUCGAAUAGGAUAUCGACAGGCAGCGGCUUCUGUUACAUAGUCAAUGGGUGUAAGGAGACCAGAAAACAGGGACAUUGACACCAAUCAUUUUUUUAUGUUAGAAGUUUUUUUUUUAAUUUUCUGUCAUUAUAAUGAUAAUGUAUUAUUCUUUUCCAGCAGCCAGGACAACUUCAGCAGGGCUGGAUCCAGGAACUGUAUAAGGUAUUGAAAUGAAAACUAUCCGUGUACAGGGGCAGCAUGCAUAUAGUUUUUCUGUGUUCUGUUAUCUACAACCUUGCAUUUUUUUAAAUUGAUUUUUAGAGUGGGAAAAAGAGAGAGAGAAUAUAAGAUUUAAUAGCAGUAACAGCAAAUUAUUGGGGGAGAUCUAUCAAAGAUGCAGUUUUGCACAGUUUGUUCAGUCUGUUGAGUGUUUUUUUUAUUCAUUACUAAUUUUACUUGCUAACCAUAAUUUGUGGAUGCAUGCAAUAAUACCAAUUUAUCCAUCUUUGCCUCAGUUAAUCUUCUCCAGAAUUUCUUUUGCUUCAAUUCUCUUUUUUCCACUACCCUUCAUUGGGCUUUUUUGUUUGUUUUUUUAAAUAAAUAUUUCUGUGAAAAAUGGCAGAAUAUAGCUAAAGAAAACCCCCAACUUUUUAGACUAUUUUUAUAAUUAUUUAAUCAUCACAAAUGGAUUAGUGGCCAAAAAUUUAAAUACUUUGAUUAAACUCCCCCAUUGUAUUUUACCUUUUUUUUAAAUUUAUUUAUUUUUUUAGACCAUACAGCAUCAUCGUCCAGCCUUUAUUGCUCUUCACCUGCAGGAAGUUGGAGGAAAAAAUUACAAAAAAAAUAUGGAUUCAGCUUUACAAUUCAUCAGGUAAACCACAUAUUCAAUGAUACAAUAAAACCUGGACAUAAAUUCACUUUAUAAUCAUAUCUAUAUUCAAGAUGCGUGUAAAAAUGAACACAAUGCAGUUAUAUUGAUUUAUUUUCUCUAUUUUGGGAUAUUUUGUUUUAAGUCAUGCAGUAUACAGUAUAUACCUUCAUAGAGGGUGCAGGUAGCAAUAGUCCUGCAAGCAAUUUACAAAAGGAAGUAAUACAAGAUUAUGUCAUCACUCCUCAUAGUGUGUACAACUCACAUUGUAACUCUAAACUGGGACUUUCAUAAUCUUUGAAGAGUUGGUUUUCUUUAAUGGAAUAACAAGAGCAUUUGGACUUAAUGUGAGCAGUGCUGUGCCCUAUUGCAUUUGUAUUUUUAAGCAGCCAGUUGUUGCAUUUAUCUUGUUUUUGUGCAGCAUUUGGUCAUUGACGUCAGUUCAACUGUAGCUGGAUUCUGAUUGACUGUAAACGUCAUCUGUGCUAUACAAACUGAUAUGCUGCAUCCUGUCAAAGUCUGAGUGACAUUAGUAUCAAUCUCUAGCUAAUUGUCCCUGUCUGCCAAUACACUGCAAUAACUGGCUCUAAUAUGUUGGAAUUUUACAUUGACAGCUUGCAAUGUGCUAUUUUUGCAGGGAAUUGAUGCAGGGCGAAGAGCUGUCAGCAUAUGACCGGACAAUAGCUUUCAUAGACAGUGACUUCAGCCAGCCUCACCUUUUCACAGUGAGUAUCGGUUAUAGACCUCUGCUGUUUUAAUUGGCUGAUUUUAUAGUUUUCACCUUUUACUCAGUCAUUGCGCUUAUCAUGUGGCUAUUGAUAUGAUUGGUGCAAGUUUGCAAUUCUUGUUUUAUUUCAUUAUUCUGCUCUGCUUUCUUCCUCUCUGGCUGAUCUUUCACUGCAAAAUCUUUGUCCGUGGCAAGUUUCACUGUCACUCACUGUCUGUGGUAUUGCUCUCUCCUUUCAUUUGCAGUCUGCAAAAUAGAAUAUUAAUAGAGUAUAGUAGAGCUUUUCCAUAUGUACUGCAAGUUUAAACAUUAAAACUCUAGGCCAGGGGUGCCCAAAAGGUAGAUCCCCAGAUGUUUUUAAACUACAGUUUUUAUGAUGCUUUGCAAUUCUAAAGGUAUACCAAAGGCAUUGAGAGCAUCAUGUGAGUUGUAGUUCUACAACAUCUGGGGAUCUGUUUUUUGGGCACCCUUGCUCUAGGCACUUCAAAUGGGAUGCAUAUGAUAGACUGGUUUAGCACAGAUGUUCCCUGAGGCAUAAAGGGCUAGGUUUAAAGAAGAAAUAAGCAAGAUUUAAAUAUGGAGCAGUCCCUAUAAAUAGUUGCUUUGGUUUCCAUUGUGAUUGCUGUAUUUUGAGAACUUGGCCCAUAAUAGCCUUCUUUAUAAGUAGCUCUGCUAUACUAUGUGGAAUGCAAUAAAAUAAACAAUGUUUUGUCAUAGUGAACAAUGGGCAUUAUGGAGAACCUAUUAGAUGCAUAAGGAAAUGGAUAUAAUCCAGAGAAUGUGAAAUUAUCAUGUGAUUACAAUUUUUUAUCUCGUGUAGAGAAAAACACUACAAAUCUGUGUUAUUCUGAGCCAUGAAUUCCCGUCUUCCAAAUUUUAUGGCCGUGGACACAAUAAAGGGAAACUUGUUUUCCUGACACAAUAGCUACCCCCUUCCCCCCCAGGGUGCGGAAGGGGUUAAUAACCCCUUCUAUCACUUACCUUGGUCCAGUGCCGAUUUACCUUGGCGCUGGCUCAGCUCCGCCCAUGCUCCUCCCCGCUGUCUGAUGUUGGCGGGGGAGACCUAAUGCGCAUGCUCGGCAGUGGCCGCACUUGCAUUAGGAUUUCCCCAUAGGAAAGCAUUAUUCAGUGCUUUCCUAUGGGGGUUCCGGUGACGCUGAAAGUCCUCACGCAUAGCAUGAGGAUGUCCAGCAUCGUAUAGGCGACCAAAAGUCACCUAUCCACCCGGAAAUCCCUCUAGUGGCUGUCUGGUAGAAAGCCACUAGAGGAGGAGCUAACCCUAGCAGGUAAUUAUUGCAGUUUAUAAAAACUGCAAUAAUUACAUGUUAAGGGUAAUGGGAGUUUGCACUCAGACCACUUCAAUGCGCUGAAGUUGUAUGGGUGCCUACAGUGUCCCUUUAAUGGAUCUGAGUCUACAUUCAGGUCUUCAGCUCCUAAGGCCCCAUUAUUAUAAUACCAUAACUAUGAGAAUAAAGAGGAGCACUUUAAAAUAAUGUAUUAUAAAACAAAACAAUAUAUGGACAAAUGUAUUGGGACACUUGACCAUUACACCAACAGAGACUUUUAUGAUAUCUAAUUCUAAAUACAUAGACCUUAAUAUGUAGUUGGUCUGCCCUUUGCAGCUCUAACAGCCUCCACUCUUCUUUGAAGGCUUUACACAAGAUUUUGGAGUGUUUCUGUGGGAAUUUCUGAUGUCUGAUGAGAAGGCCUGACUCUCUAUCUCUGUUCCAGUUCAUCCCAAAAGUGUUGGAUGAGGUUGAGCUAAGUGCUCUGUGCAGGCCAAUAAACAUCUGCCACACCAAACUAAUCCAACCAUGUCCUUUUAGAAUUUGCUUUGAGAACUUGGACACAGUCAUGCUGGAAUACAAAAAAGGCCUUCCCCAAACUGUUCCCACAAAGUUGGAAGCAUAGCACUGACAGAUUUGAUUAUAAAAAAUGUUAUGCAAAAUGCCAUGACAAAUCUGAAUUAGUUGAAAUUAUGACACGACACAUAACCCUGUCAAUUUCUUAACAAUUAUUUCUAUCAAUGUAAUAUAGUCAUAUUAUAAUUUUGCAUUGAAAAUAUUUUCCAAAAUGCAUGAAUUAAUUAAUACUGUUACUUUUAGGUUUUAUAUAAAUCGCUCAGUAUUUAAAAAAAAACAAACUUUAUUUUUCAUGGUGGUGUGAUAUAUAAAGCGGACAUGCAAUGUCAGAUACACCACAAAUUUCUGUUUAGUAGGUACUCGUAUAAAUCAGACAUAUUGUAGAUAUGAGGGAAAAACAAACAGGAAAGUAAACUAACAAGGGAAAUGAUUGGCGAACCAUAAUGUAUAACUUCCUCACUUGCUCCUAGUUCCUCCAGCCCCCCUCCUCCUCACCGUAUCAUACUACAGGGUCCCAACAUGUGGACUCCCUCUCUGAAGUGGAUACAGCCCAUUUUUGCUAAAAGGGUAAAUUGAGACCUCUGCUUGCUCCGUUGCCAUCUGGUUCUCCCACUCCCUACCCAGUCAUCCCACCUUUUGGGCGUCCCCUCGGGCACGGAUUCAUCCUGGGCUUGGAGACUUAUCAUGGUGCCGAAUUAGGCCAUCUUUGUGUUAGGCUCUCUAGGUUCCCAUGCUCCUGCUUCUCCCUGGCCAUAUAUGCCCCUGACCUCCCUGCAUUCCUUAGGGAGGCAAGAAAAUUAGCAGGCAGUUUACUUUAAGGGAGGCACACAGUAUGGCACCAUAAUAGACAGAGAAGAAAAUAAAAUAAACACCAUGUUAAUCAGAGAAGAAAAUAAAAGGUUAGAAAGAGUAAAGCACAAAAAGACAGCCUGUUUCAAGUCAGUGGUAUGGAACAACCCAAGUGGAGUUCACAGUGUAGCUUAAGGAUCUCUUUGCUGGGCAGGACCAUUUAUGGGGGGUCUUGGGUUCUCUCCUGGGCAGUUAAUCUCUGGCCGGAGACUUUAGCGGUCAGGUCGGCUGUUGUUUCCCGUCGCUCCAGUAAAGGCAGCUUUAGGAGGCUCAGAAAUUCAGCUGGAUCUUUGUCGGCAGAUAACUUCAGCACUGAUUCUCCUUAACCCCUUAAGGACACAUGACAUGUGUGACAUGUCAUGAUUCCCUUUUAUUCCAGAAGUUUGGUCCUUAAGGGGUUAAGGUACCACCAAGGUCCCUGAUGCUCCCCACCGGGAUGUCUGAGCAUCCUGGUCAUUGGCAUGAAUCUGCGCCGCUACAUCAACACCGCAAAAGGCAGGUCAUGGAAGAUUUUCACAUGGCUAUCCCCCACUAUGACAUUGGGGUGGUUUCUGGAGCGCACCAGGAUAGCUGUCUUAACGGAGAUAUCUCGUGUGACCGCCAAGACAUCCCUUGGUGCGUCUGCCGGGGCGGUGGGAGCUUUCUGGAUUCUAAAUGCUGACCGUAUUGGCAGUGCCUCAUUGUUGCCUUUCACCCCUAAUGCCCCUGCUACCUUAUUAGCAUAGCUAAGUAGCUAAGCAGGGUCUCUGGGCCCACAGUCUCCGGUGCACACCGUAUCCUCCAAUUUCUCCUGCGGUGCCUCGCCUCCAGUGAUGCCACUGUGUGCGUGAGUCGCUGGACCUGUUCUGUUAUUGUGUCCAUUUGGGAUCGGGCUUCCACCAGUCAGCUCUCCCGUUCCCCUUCACGGGAUUCCACUUCGCCUAUGCGGCAGUUUAGGCCACUGAUUUCCGUUUGAACCCCAGUUAGGUCGGCCUUCCACACUGCACGGAGAUCGAGUAAUAGCCUCUUGAUGCCCCCUUUAGUGGACAGAGAGCUGUCUGUGUCGGAAUCCAUUUGCUGAUGUAUUCUGCUGGGCCCCUGUGAGUUUGCUGAGCUUUUCUCGCCUUCUGAGUUGUCUGAUUCACUUGAGACUCGUUUUCUCCUAGGUGCCAUCUUAGGCAAGGCCUGUGGUUGCGACCUAUCGAAGGAUGUACGGAUAUCACGCUGAAGGGAGCUCUUCAGGAGGGCUGUUCUUUUUCAGGUUGUAGUUUGUCACUGGUGAGUGCACUAAAUUUGUGGCAAAACGGCUUAUUAUGAUCCUAUGGUUCCAGAGCUCCUCUCAGACACGUCUGGUCCGUUACUCAGCUAGCCACACCCCAUCGCUCAGUAUUUUAAAGGCUGACAUUCAGUUCCAUUAUGAUAUGGUGUUUCUUUCCCUUCGAUGUUUUUCUCUCCAUUGAACUGUCCAGUGGCAUAUAUUGAAUUCAUCUCUGUCUUACCUUCAUUGGGUCAAUUAAAUGUUAAGCAGCAGUUAAGCCAUGAAGUUGUUUUUUUAGAGGGGGAGGGGAAGGGGGUCUACAUUUUUAUUUAUUUAUUUUUUUACAUUCUCACUUUUGCAGUUUAAAAUGUCAUGUUUUUUUUUUUUUUAAUCAGUAACUUUUUCUUUUAAAUCAGUUACACUUUUUAUUCCAGGUGAAUAUAUCUAAAUAAAACAUUGCCUACUGUCUUCUGAAUGAGAGGUUUCUUACUUUUGAUUACCUUUACUAGACUGACAUUUUUCUAUAAAAAGUUCUUCACAGCUUAUUUAAUCCAGGCCAGUAGACACACUCUUGGUGCUUAGACCAUACAUUUUUCUGUAAUUAUAAAUGAAGAUGUGAGCCUUUUUUUUGUUAUCCCUUGUCUGUUCGAAACCAUCCCUGUAAUAUACCUUAUUUCAUUAUUUGUAUUGCAUUUGUCUAUAUCUGUGAAUGUCUGUAUUGAUUUUAUCAACUCAUUUAAUGAGACAGAUGUUCCGCCAGUAUGUUUGUCAGUAAGCCUCACUGAGGGCAUCACUUGAACAUUCUGAAGUCUUAGCAACAGAUAAUGCAGCCUCAUUUGGCAACAAGGUUUGUGAUCUGUGUGUAAGUUUACUAUUUGACCAUGUAUUUGGUUAAAGUGAAUCUAUCGUGACUGGUUCUCUUAAACUGCUAAUGACCCAUACGCAAUGAAUUUAUUAUUUACUUUAGUGAUAGAUUAUGUAUAUACAUUUUUUCUGAAUUAUUAAACAACUAAUUGAUCCACUCCAAUACUAUAUAGCUAGCAUGCCAACUUCAUUGGUGUUACAGUAAUACAACAUCUACUUCCGUCCCACUCUCCUGAGGUCUCUUUUCCAAGCAGUGUGUACCUCCCUAAUUAUGACAACUCAUCAGCUAUGGUGACAGUGUCUGUUCCUUUAUUACUCUAACUUAAUGUAAUACAUCCUAGCUAAAGGACAAUCACAGUGCAUGUACUGUAGUGGCUGUUACAAAGCAGGAGAACCUUCUUUAAUGAUUAUGCAGAGAUUUGAUUGACAUGUGACAGGAGGGACUCUUUAUUUAUAUAGAUUUUUAUGAAAACCGUUAUAUAUGCUAGCAGAUCUGUAUGCACAGUUUCUAGAUUAUAUUUUAUAAAUCUGCAUUUAAACCAAACUGGUACCAUAACAGGUAUAUUUUAGAUUUUCAGUUUGGGCAUAAUCACCUUCUUUUGAUGGGUAUAUUCAAAUGGAAUGUCAUCUUGUAAGUGGAAUGGCAUAAUGUCCCUAACUCCCUAUGCAUUCUCACAUUGUAAAGUGGAUUCCUUUUCUGGAUUAUAACAAUGUUUGGCUAUAAUUUGUUCUUGUCCCCCUGCAGAUAUUCAGUGCUUCUUGUAUUUCACAGCUCAUUUCGGUUUGUUUAAUAUUAUUGUAUCAUACUGAUAAGCAUAUUUGUAGUAAUAGGUAUGCAAAUAAAAUAUACUUCUAAAAUGCUGCAUUUCCCAGUAUUGAAUACUGUUUGCAUAUAUUACAGAAACUAAACCGUGUUGAGCCUUGAUAUGUUUAUACAAAUUUCAGGAUAGCUAAACUGGAAAGCCAGCUUCCGGAGCUUAAUGCAAGCUGUAGUUCAAGAAAAGCUCUAUUACUAAAUGAUAUUCAACUUUCAUGUGGGAGAUUCUAGCUAUUUUUACAGUUUAUGUCCCCCAUGAAUGCAUAGCCAUUUAUCACCUUCGAGUUAUUGUUACCCCUCAGCAGAUCCUUAUGUAUGGAAAAUAUUUUCCCUUGUCUAUCCCUGUUAGUGUGCUGCUAUUGCUUGUAGUGGUACUUUGUAUUAUAGGACCAUGGACCAUUAGAUGACUGUGGGCUUUUUAUAGGAUCAUAUCAUCUAUUUAUCUCCCCAGUACCAAACUGCAUGUUAUGUACAUAUCACGAUGCCACAGGUAUAGUCACAGUGUUUAGACUGCAGUGACUGGAGUAAUCCAGUAACAACUCUGUUUGACCAGAAGAGGGCAGACUUUCCUUUUUUAUUUUUAUACCUUAUACUUACAUGCAGGGCUGUGUGUUUUUUAUUUUUUAUUUUAGCAACUCUCUUUUCGUGUAAAAUAGUUUCUUUAGAUUCUUGGAAUAGUGAACUAUUUUAGCACAGUUUUGUUUUUGUUGUUUUUUUCUGUAUUUUCUUUCAGUGCUUUCAGAAGAACAAAAACUAAUAGAGCAAGUCCAUGUAAAUCAUGAGUAGCCCAGUGAGUUAUAAGUUGAGAUAUGUAAUCCAGGAAAGAUAAAAUAAAAAUAAAAUGCUGACUUUUUUCCUGCAGUGGUAAUAGUGCAACUUAUGUAUUGAUUUGCCUUAAUCAUGCUGCUGGUCUCAAGAACUAUGAAUACUAGACUAGAGCAGUACGAUUCACAUCUGAUUGGCCACAACAUUAAAACCGCUGACGGGUGAAGUGAAUAACAGUGAUUAUAUUGUUACAACUGCAUCUGUCAAGGGGUGGGAUAUAUUGUACAGCAACAAACAGUCAGCUCUUGAAUUUCAUGUGUUGAAAGCAGGAGAAAUGGGCAAGCCAAAACAUUGAGAUACUUUGACAAGGGCCAAAUAGAUCUGAUGGCUAGAUAACUGGGUUAGAGCAUCUCCAAAACAGCAAGUCGUGUGAAGUCUUCCCGAUAUGCAGUGGUUAUUACCUACCAAAAGUGGUGAAAGGAAUGCCAACCGGUGAACCGGCAUCAGGGUCAUGGGCACCCAGUUCUUACUGAUUCACACAGAGAGCAAAGGCUAGCGUGUCUGGUCCGAUCACACAGAAGAGCUACUGUAGUUCACAUUGCUGAAAAACCUAAUGCUGGCCAUGAUAGAAAGGUGUCACAACAGACAGUGCAUUCCAGUUUGCUGUGUAUGGGCCGCGUCAAUCUGCUUGAGCAUCUGUGGCAUGUGUGGAACAACAAUUCUGAUCCAUAGAGGCCCCACCUCGCAACUUGCAGAACUAAAAGGAUCUACACAAAUUUAGGCAGAUGGUUUUUAUAUUGUGACUGAUCACUGUACACGUAGACAAUAGUGCUAUUGCACUAUUUAUAGUAUCUUUGGUCAGUAAAACAAGGCUAUUUAAGUUUACGGAUCCUGACAUUCAUAGUGACCAGCUUUUCUCUUGGCCGGGUUGUUAUAUUUUUCCAGCUGGGUACCUGAUGAGUGGUAGGAACAUAUGUGUUGAUGGCUUGGAUCUUGUUUUUGCAAAUGUUAAGAACAAGAUAUAUAUUUUACUGUCAUUGCUGAUAUUUGCAUCCUGCCCUGAUUGCAGGUAAUGCCUGACCGGUAUCUGUGAAUCUAGCAGAACAGCUGAUACCCUUUGAUCUUAGGUACUUCCAUAUGGCAUUAUAUCUGUAUUUGUUUGCUUUAGUGUUUAUAUAUGCUGAUAUAUAUUGUAUUUAUCUAUUAUUUGUUCUGAUAAAAAUAUAUUUAUGGUCUUGCCAUAGAACCUCUGCCUUUUCUGCAUUCUCAAUCUGGUGAAUUCUCAGGCAUUCCCUUAGCCAUUCAUCUUUGGGAGCCCCAUUCGUGAUGUACUUGUGGAUGCUCUGUGUUUCAUCCAGGAUUGUGGCCUUGGCACUCAUCAGUCUCCAACCUUCUUCCUUCCAGCUGGUGUACAGUGUCUGAGACACAAACCUCUCCAUGGUGUGUACCACCAGCAGGUAAUGGAUGUGGCCCACAUGACAAAAUCCUACCAGUGGUUGGAAAAGGCAGGUCUGAAAGACAGCACUGAGGCAUUAAUCCUAGCAGCACAGUGUGACGGAGCUCCUGUACUCUGACUGAGUACCUCUGUCCAGUUAGCUGCCUAGUCACUUGCCAGGACCUGGAGCACUUCAACCUCAUUAGCCAAGGCUUGACUUGGGUCUCUCUGGAGCUUUUCCACCCAUCCAGGCUGCAGCUCUCCUUCCAGACACAUAUCAUCCCCUCUGCCUAUUCCUCUGCAGCCCUUCUUCCAGGCUGGUAUUGUUCCCUAUGCCUAUGUAGCUUUCCUUCCAGGCAGAUAUUCACCUCUGCCUGCAAUGUGAUAGCUCCUGUGUUUAUAAAGACACUUGUGUCUCUCAUGCCUAGCUGUCUUUGAUUUGUCCCAGGCUAGAGGGAUUGUGCAGCCAGCCAAUGGGUAUUUUUUUUGUUAUUAUUAUUAUUAUUAUUAUUAUUAUUAUUAUUGCCAUUUAUAUAGCGCCAACAGAUUCCGUAGCGCUUUACAAUAUUAUGAGAGGGGAUUUAACUAUAAAUAGGACAAUUACAAAUAAACUUACAGGAACAAUAGGUUGAAGAGGACCCUGCUCAAUCGAGCUUACAUUCUAUAGGAGGUGGGGUGUAAAACACAUUAGGACAGGAAUUUGCAAUCAAAUAAGGUGGGCUGCCCUUUAGGAGAGGGCAAGAGACGGGUAUGUGAGGUAGGGGUUAGUCUUGGAGGCCAUAAGCUUUCCUAAAGAGAUGGGUUUUAAGGCACUUCUUAAAAGAUGCAAGACUAGGGGAGAGUCUGAUGGCGGUAGGCAGGCUAUUCCAUAGGAAGGGAGCCACCUGCGAGAAGUCCUGCAAGCGUGAGUUGGCCGUACGGGUGCGGACAACGGACAGGAGGUGGUCACGGGCAGAGCGGAGAGACCGAGAAGGGACAUACCUGUGGAUCUGUGAGGAGAUAUAAGAGGGGCUAGAGUUGUUCAGUGCAACAACUCUGUUACUGGGAUCCCUAAAAAUCCACACAGGACAUAUAGUUCCAAAAGAACUAACAUACACAGCUUUAUUUUUUAUUCGGCACUAGCUCAUAUGCUCAUUACAUGUAAUUUAUGAUGACAACUUAAUAAAAAUUACAAACAAUUAAAUCACAUUAGACCACAUAUAGGAACUUAUAUUAACAUAAUUACAUAUUUAUAAAUUGGUGGGGAAGACUGUUUUUAACACAAAAUAACACUCCUGCCUGCAGAAUUUGCAAUAUGCAAAUAUAUCUGAAUAUGCAAAUUAACAAGAUUUGCUAUUCAGGUAGUGCAUAUAGCCAUUGGUGGCCAGCUGAUUUAUUCUCUAAGUCUGGCAUAUUAAGGUAUGUGAAUUCUCCUACAAUAUAUAAAUUUCCCUAUGUCCAAUAUAAUUACUUUAGUUAUCCAUAAAUAUAUUAUUUAUUCUAUUAGGCUAGAGAUUCAAUCUUGGAAUCCAGAUUACUCUCGAAGUUUCAUUAAUCCCCUCUAACAGGUACAUUAAUAACCCUAGCUACUAGUACUAUUUCUGUAUUGUAUGUCAUUAGUCUAGGUUUAUUCUAGCAUUAUAUACACAGGUCAUGUAUACAUUUCAUUUUAAACAAAAUGCAAUUCAUCGAUCAGCCUCCUUACCCUAGGUUCUAAUAACUCUAAUGACUUGUUCAAUUCUUCCUGACUCCCUACGUUAUAGUUAGUCAAGGUUACGAUCUUUACUUUGUUAUAGGCUAUAAUGCAACACAAGUCGAACAAAGAGAAACAAAGGACAAUUGGCCUAUUGUUUUCCUUUGGAAUAAUUUCAAUGCUGGUUCUUGUGCUUUUAGUUCUUGCAGACUGUUACAUGUUUGUUCUGUGUGUUUCAGAGCACCUUCCAAAACCAUCUGCCCCAAUAAAAUGUACCCUAAACAGUAUUUAUCUUCCGUUAAAAUUGAUGCUUUGUCGCAACUACUGUCUAACAGCCCAUCCUCACACUUAAGAGUUCCUAAUCUCAGGGUUUUUCAUUUGGUUUUCGCACAGGUGUACUUUCCUUACCCACAGGCAUAUUGGAAUGUAAUAAUUUGCAGUUCGCUUUGAGAGAUCCUGUUGCAGUCAACUCCCUCAUAAAAACAGAAUAAGAACAAAGAUAGGCCGAUUUAUUGUUCCCCCAUCCUCUGUGGCGUACUAACCCAAUAUAGAUGGCUAUGGAAAAAAACUCAAAUAAAAAACGAUUAGUAAUUGACUUAUCAGCCCCCCACUCUAUAGCAAUGAUUAGCCUAAACUCAUUAAUCCCGUUUGAAAAAUUCUUACUACAGUACACUGCAAUAGACAAUGCCAUACAAGCUAUAAUUUCAGCUGGAAAUGGUGCAUGGUUAAGCAAGACAAUAUUGCACAUACAUUCAAACUCCCCCCUAUUCACCCCACACUAUGGCAUCUACAUGGUAUCAAGUGGGAAAACCACUACUAUUUCUUUACUAGGGUCACUUCCAGAUCAGUAGUCCCAGGUUUUUUGUUAUGUUCGCUGAGACACUUUGCUGGUUGCUACUUAAUUCAUGUAGAUGUUCUACAGUCAUUCGUUAUUUGACUGACUUUUUUUUACAGUAGGGAACAAUUCUAAACCCCCAAGUAGUUUAAAAGACGCCAUUUAAUUAUUCAAAAACCUAGGUGUUCCAAUCUCCAACGAUAAAACUGAAGGUAAUGGCACUAAAGUAAUUUUUCUAGGGAUUCAGCUGGACUCAGUAGCCAUGGAAGCCAGCCUCCCUAAAGAGAGCAUUUGUCGCACCCUUGAUAACAUCGUACAUUUGUAUCCAAUGAGAUUCAUGUAAUCGUAAAAAACUCCUAUCUCUGAUAGACUUACUUAACUUUGCCAUGAGGAUAAUCACUCAAGGCCGGUCCUUUAUUUACUGGCUGCUCUGUUUAUUAAUUGAUCUACCCAACAAGGAUAGUCUAGUUGUCAUAGAUAACCUAUGGCAGACCUUACUAUGUGGCUGGAGUUUUCUAUGCGAUGCAGAUAACUCCGCUACAUACUCACUGGCUUUGCAGCAAUCUACAAUAUUGACUGGUUAUGCGGCACUUAGCCAACAGAGGGUAAAGAUCUCGAUGCCUUUAAAGACACAUUAGCUCUUUUCGAGAUAUACCCUAUAGUAGCCACAGCGUGAACCUGGGGCCACCUAUGGUCUGUUCAGACUGUUAAAUACUUGUCUGACAAUCAAGCUAUAUGUUUUAUUGUAAAUAAAAGGCGGUCACAAUUCUUGACCAUUAUGAAAUUUAUCAGGAAAUUGUGUGCAUGGUCUCUUUCAGGCCUUUAUUCAAGCACACCAACCAGCCUCACGACAUGCAACAGAAACCACAAACUUUCACCAAUUAAUCAUGGAUUAAAUAGCCUAUUUAAUCAUAGCAAACAUCUAGCACAAGCAGCACUUACAGCAAAUACUAUUCAGUCAUAUAACAGGGCAGAACAUUUUGUAAACAUUUUUCAGUUAAGUUUUAUAAAUCCAUGCAUAUGCUCAAUGCAAUCUUUGGUAACCUUAGGUUAAAACUUUCACCCAACAUAAUAAAAAUAUACCUUACUGGGAUACAACAUCACAUGCUGACCUCAUACCCUAAUAAACAUACUUUCAUGUCAUCAUAUCUAAUUAAAACCAUACUAAAAGGUAUUCAGAAAACUAGUAACGGUAACUUCAAACACGUAAGUGACUCCCUAUGAACAGUGAUAUAUUGAGACCAUUAUCUGAUUUACUUGACUCCUCUCUGUUUGAGUCUCAUACUAACCUAGUAAUUAAGAGUGCCAUAUACUUGGGUUUCUAUGGAUUCAUGAGACCCAGAGAAUUUACUAGAGAAAGCUCAACUAAAACAGAGCAGUAUUUAAAAGUUGGCCAUUUAAUAAAACAUUCAGACCAUUAUAAAAUUUGACUGCUCCAUAAGAAAACCAGCCAAAUGGGUCAAAUUACUGAAAUACCAGUUUACCCUACACUUAAUAGGUUUUGAGACUAUUACUUGUCUGCAAUUUACUCUUCCCCUAACUAACCAUUGUUAUCACUUCACCACUCUAAUCUAAUGAUGGCAAAAUUAAUGCUGUAUAUAAAGAAUAUUUCUGAUUAGAUUAGGCCUGAAUCCUAUGCUGUAUUCAAGACACUCAUUCCGGAUAGGGACAGCAUCCACUGCUUCUAGUAAAAACAUAACAGUCCAUGUUAUUAAGAAAUUGUGGUUCUGGAAAUCUUCAGCAUACUUUACCUAUAUUUAGUCAUGGUCCUUUGUUGUAUCUGGCUGAUUUUAAUAAAUGACGUAUUUUGUAUUCAAUUUUCACCCUCUUUAUUUUACAGGACUACCAGUAUUUCUGUUUUUGGCAUACCUCAACUCACUUGCGUAUAUUCCCUGUGUUCCGUUUAUUUCUUACAACCUUUUGUGUCCCGACCACAAAUAUUAAGGCGGGAGCCUAGAGUUGUGGGAUGGACUUUUUUUGGCUAUUUAAAGUACUCUCGACCUCUAACCAGUAACCAUAUCUUGAUUGGCGCCUCAUAUAUGCCACCCAAUUUUUGGAAAACUUUUUUGAACAAAUUCCUUAGUUCAGAAAAUGCAGUUUUAAUUUGCAGUUGUAUUUUCUGUUCUAUUCGUGAACUAAGAUUGCAUUGAAGACUUGACAUGUCGUUCUAUGGCAGGCAGUCAGUACACCUCGUAGAUAUUGUUUCAUUAAACAGUUAAUAGUGUGACUUUAUGUUAAAAUCAUGAUUUUGAUGCUCACAGAGGGCAUGUGAUUUUGCAGGGUUUACUAUGAAAUUCCCACAUCUUCACUUACUCUUUCAAGGUUCUUUACUAAAGUGAGCAUUUCAAACUUAAGGUCAAAGACUCCGACCUGGAAACAUAGCUGUCAUAGUUUCCAGUUGGGCUGUUUUUGCCUUGAAUUUAAAUUUAAAAUUCUCUUUGAAUUUUCACGUUAGUGAAUAACCUUGUUUGAGUGUGAAGUAACAGAUUGCAUUAUUAAACUAAAAUAAAUACAGCAAGGGAGACUCAGAAUACAAAGUCUAGAGGACAGAGGUAAGGAAUACAGAAAGGAUAGGACAGAAGAAAGGAACACUUGAAUAAGCAGGGAAAUUCUGGAAAUAUCUAAACAAUCGGGCAAGAAGUAAAAAACAAAACAUAAAAAUACUGUAAAAAUGAGGCUUUAUUUUACUGGAUUGUAGAUAAUGCUUUAAAAAUAAUGUGAAAAUAAAUACAAAAUUUAUUAAAUACUCGCUACUGCCUUUCCAGGAAGAUAAUUUUUUCGAUCAAGAGUAGCUCAUUCUGGUGUAUAGGGUUCAUUCUUAUCUCAUAAACCAAUAGAAGCCACACAUCCCGGCUUACUGGAAAGUGCUAUUAUUAUAUUGGUUGACCUUUGUAAGUGCAUAUACAUAAAUGCACACUAAGACCCAAGAACAGUGACUUGUGCCCAUAGAUAGCCUUAGCUACAGGAUUAAAUCUUAAAUAGCAAGUUACACCUGCUAGACUAGGUACUGACAGUCUCACCCACAAGGCAAUGUCCACACGUAGAGAUGCCCAUAGAGCAAUAUAAUAUAGGGUUAUAUACCAUUGUAGGGUUGUAUAUAAACAUUCAGUGAUACAUGAACUCUGACAGACACACCCGCUGGUUAACAUGCACACAUACACACUGACAGGGUUCUACAAAUCAACAGACACAAAACUGGGAAAGCAGUUAGGGCCACAUGCACACUGAUAGACAAAACCAAUAAGUCCUACGUACACAGACAUUAACACCCAGAGACCUUAUGCACAUUUACUUACAAACUUCCCUGACUGUACAUAGUACAAUACAAUCCAGGGUGUACACACACCGACACACUAAGUUUGUACACUCUUUAACAUAUCGACAAGAACACGUAUACACUCACCAGGCCCUGUUUUGUAUAGUAGGCACACAAAAAAAUGGACAUGCUGAAAUGCACACACUGGUACAGUUGAUGCUGCUGUAUAUGUUCAUUCAAAUACACACACUGGUACUGCACACACUAAUAUUCACCAACAGAGCAUUGCGCAUUGAAACUUUGUGAGGCCCUUAAGUUAGAAAAGCUAUGCAGUGUGUGAAAAAAAGCGGGGGUCACAUUUAUCUCUCCCUCCUCUCUCAGGAAAGUUAAUAAAUUUAGCUCUAGAUUAAAAGUAUUGAUUCUGUCAGUGAGGUGAUAAAUACAGGGAGGGAGGGGAACAGAGGGGUUGUGAGUGAGCAUGGAGGGUGUGUGUAAAAUGUAUAUUGUGUGCGUCUAUCAGGGAGAUGAGGUGUGCGAGGGAAAUGUAUGGAUAUUUUAUGUAUGUUAUGCCAAUGAUGUAUGCACAGUGUUAACCCGUCGUAGGUACAUUAUUAGAAAUGUCGGUGUAUGAUGCAGUGGUUUGUGUGGAUAUUUUUGUUUGCAUUUAUUGCAGCAGUUAAGAACAAUAUACCUAGGCGUUUAAUGAUAAUUUCAAAUAUUUUUUUAAUGCUUUACUUGCUAUUUUAAAGCUUAACGGAUUGUAUUAUAACAUUUAUAGUAAUGGAUAUGUUUUGUAAUAUUUUUAUUUGUUGCGAAAAAUGUUGGUCUUCUAACUAAUAAUAAUACAACAUUUAUUUAAGUGUUCACCUCGACAUCUUUCAUUCUGAUGCACUCUCACAUAGUUAUUUACUAUAGUGAUAGAUCAAAUUAAAUUUCAAAUUUAAUGGCAAAGUAGCUGAACUGACAGAAUAGCUCACUCUGAGAAUGUUUCCAGUAUGUCUAUUUUGGCCUUAAACCUAAUUUAGAAAUUUCACUUUGGUGAAUAAUCCUGUCACUCAUGCCAUGUUCCACCAUUCACAUUGAAUUUCACCCUUUGCAAUCUAUCACAAUGCUGCACUCUACUUUUUUUUUAAAAUCAUUUUCCCCAUGCGGCACCCCACCCCACCACUUGACAAUAUUUGCAAUACAGUGUUAUUUAUCUGACCAUCUUUCACCAUCCUACAAUCUCCAUUUUGCCAUAUUUUGGCACACUGAUCUCUUGCCAUUUUUAAGAUUCUGUGCUCCUUGUCAGUCCUGUCGUUUUCCACUCUGCUGUUUGCUUUAACCAUCUUUUGUCCAACUAUCCCUUUGGUCAACUUUAACCAAUUUGUACCCUCCCUAUUUCUGUUUUAGCUGUGCAGAAAUACCCCUGUUGCAGUCUUCAUGCUCUGCACUGUCCUACAUACACAGUAACAUAGAAUGUGAUGGCAGAUAAGAACCAUUCGGCCCAUCUAGUCUGCCCAAUUUUCUAAAUACUUUCAUUAGUCCCUAGCCUGAUCUUAUAGUUAGGAUAGCCUUAUGCCUAUCCCACGCAUGCUUAAACUCCUUUACUGUGUUAACCUCUACCACUUCAGCUGGAAGGCUAUUCCAUGCAUCCACUACCCUCUCAGUAAAGUAAUACUUCCUGAUAUUAUUUUUAAACCUUUGCCCCUCUUAUUUAAGACUAUGUCCUCUUGUUGUGGUAGUUUUUUCUUUUAAAUCGAAUCAUCCUUUCCAUUCCAAGUUAUCACUUUUUCCAUAAAUUGCCAUCUUGUGCUUCCUUGUCUCCAUCUUGUAGCAUCCUGUGCUCUCUAACUUGACAUGUUACUCUCCCUCUUUUUCUGUGCUUUUACCCUCCUAUUUGUCUUAAAUUGUAAGCUCAUUUGAGCAGGACCUUCUUUGCCUCUGUCUGUCGGUUACGUGUUAAAUAAUCCCAUUGUAUAAUUCUAAAGUGCUGCAGGAGAUGUUGACAUUAUAAAAAUGCUAAUAUUAAUAUGCCAUCCAGCACUCUUACCCUUUAUAAUUUUGCGAUUGUCACCCAUCUUGCUGUGCUUCACUCUUUCCAUUGUUACACUUUCACUCCUGACUUCAUUAACUGUUAAGGCCACCUUCUUGCAAUAGUUCAUAAUUCAGCACUUCUAUAUAUCUUUCAGCUUUCAUUCUUAAUCUAGCCACCUUUCUUAAUUUAGAGCUUAGUCUGUAUAUAUUUCAGCGAUUUACACUCUUUUUCCAACUAUCAGCAUUCGGCUCCCUUUCUCUUGAAAUCCUUUAAAUGCCACAAUCUCUUACUACUCACUCUCGUAUCCCAUGUUGCUUUCUAAAUCUCUGAUUUGGCUGUUCCUACUCACACCUAACCUCUCUUCCUAGCAUACUUUCUGCAUCUCCAUUUGUGUGUCUCUGUGUCUUUGCUCUCUUGUAUUAGCUCUAUUUUACUUUCCCCAAUUUUACUUCCCCAUUUCUUCUGUCUCUUUGUCCAGUCUGCUCUCUCUCUUACCAUGCAACUGUUUUUUCCUCUCUCCUUCACCAGGCUGCGCUCUCCCCAGGCUCCUCUGUCUUUCUCUCAUGAACGCCUGGUUAUUAACGCUAUUUUGAUAGGUAAUUAUUUGGUACUCUAUAUUUCUGCGAUGCUCUCGUGCGCGACUCUGAUUUAUUAACAUGUCUGUGUGUCUGAAAUCUCCCUUCUGUAGCACAUCACUCCUUUAACCUGUCCAGUGCUUAUAGACCCGCAGUGUUUAUUAACCCCUUGCAUGCCAGAACAUCAAUAUUCCUGUACGGUUUGACCGAACUUUGAGUAUUACUAAUUUUAUAUUACACCACACUCAAAGGGAAUUAUAGUUUUGUUUACUUUUUUGUUUUUGUUUUUUAUUAAUCGUCAGUUCUUCCAGAGCAUAUGAUAUCUUCUUUUAAACCCUUUUCAGGCCUUUUUAUGGAAAUAUCUUUAUUAAUACUAGUUUACUGAUGUUUAAUUCUUAUCCAUAUCAGAUUUCUAUAUCGCAUACAAUCUUUUCCAAAUAUUUUCGUGAUCUACCUUUUUGACUGUUCUCUGUUAUACAUUAUUUAGUCUCAUCUUAUCAGUAUGAGGUUAAGUUGGAGUUUUAUGAGGUUACUAAAAAAAGAGGCCAUCACUUACUCCAUUUUUUUAGACCAAUUUGUUGGCUCUUUAUCCCAAAGAGAUAACAGAUUUUUUUGUGUCUAUGUCUAUCCUUUUUCUAAGUGCUUAUAAUAUAAAUAAAAUAUUAAUAUUAAUAAAAUUACAAUAAACUUAUGAAAAGUUGUAGAAUCUUAGGCUAGCCUCUCAGGAAUGCUCAUUGGUUCUUAAUAAAAAGAAUUCAAUCUGUCCCAUAUUGUGUAUAAAACAAAAAGUACUGGAUCAAGUAAAAUUUAUAUUUUCGCCCUGAAAAGAUUUGACUCUUUGGGACAAGCAGUUCUUUCCUUAAAUUCUCAUUUUGUUUCUUUCCCUCAUUCCCUCCCUUCCUGUCUCUGUGGUAUCACUCUCUGACAUAGCUCCAGACAGCUGUUAAACGACUUAAUCUCUUAAAAAUAGUUUUAAUUUUCUGCCUCUUAUUGAUCGCCAUCACCCAAUUAAUCAGCCGAGUGGAGCUGUUAGGGGGGAGGGCCCAACAUGCCCCUAGGACCAACUUGGGAAGGGGGGGAGACUACCAUCUCUGCACUCAUCUACCAAAAAGACUGAUAGCAUCUACUGGUGCAUGUCUUAUUAACCCCUUUUUCACAGAAUUGUUUAUAGGUAUUACCCCUCACCCUCCCCUCUCCCCUGCAGUUCUAGAAAAUUGCUAAAUGUUUUACUUUUAACCCAUUCUUUCAUUUUUCUCUACAGGCUCUUGGCUCUGUUUAUUUUAUACAUCACUCUGUUUGCAAGAUCCAUAUCUAUGAUUUUCAAGGUAAGAUGCUGGCAGUGACAUAGCUUUUGAACAGAUUAUGUGAGAUGGUGCUGACAGUCCUACUCUUUUUGUGUGAGAUGGUGCUGACAGUCCUACUCUCUGUUUUGUGUGAGAUGGUGCUGACAGUGCUACUCUUUGUUUUGUGUGAGAUGGUGCUGACUGUGCUACUCUUUGUUUUGUGUGAGAUGGUGCUGACAGUCCUACUCUCUGUUUUAUGUGAGAUGGUGCUGACAGUCCUACUCUUUGUUUUGUGUGAAAUAGUGCUGACAGUCCUACUCUUUGUUUUGUGUGAGAUGGUACUGACAGUCCUACUCUCUGUUUUGUGUGAGAUGGUACUGACAGUCCUACUCUCUGUUUUGUGUGAGAUGGUACUGACAGUCCUACUCUCUGUUUUGUAUGAGAUGGUGCUGACAGUCCUACUCUGUUUUGUGUGAGAUGAUGCUGACAAUGCUACUCUUUGUUUUGUGUGAGAUGGUGCUGACAGUCCUACUCUCUGUUUUGUGUGAGAUGGUGCUGACAGUGCUACUCUUUGUUUUAUAUGAGAUGGUGCUGACAGUCCUACUCUGUUUUAUGUGAGAUGGUGCUGACAGUCCUACUCUUUGUUUUAUGUGAGAUGGUGCUGACAGUCCUACUCUUUGUUUUGUGUAAAAUGGUGCUGACAGUCCUACUCUUUGUUUUGUGUGAGAUGGUGCUGACAGCCCUACUCUCUGUUUUGUGUGAGAUGGUGCUGACAGUCCUACUCUCUGUUUUGUGUGAGAUGGUGCUGACUGUGCUACUCUUUGUUUUGUGUGAGAUGGUGCUGACAGUCCUCUUUGUUUUGUGUGAAAUAGUGCUGACAGUCCUACUCUUUGUUUUGUGUGAGAUGGUGCUGACAGUCCUACUCUCUGUUUUGUGUGAGAUGGUGCUGACAGUGCUACUCUUUGUUUUGUGUGAGAUGGUGCUGACAGUCCUACUCUUUGCUUUGUGUGAAAUGGUGCUGACAUUCCUACUCUUUGUUUUGUGUGAGAUGGUGCUGACAGUCCUACUCUCUGUUUUGUGUGAGAUGGUGCUGACAGUCCUACUCUCUGUUUUGUGUGAGAUGGUGCUGACUGUGCUACUCUCUGUUUUGUGUUAGAUGGUGCUGACAGUCCUACUCUCUGUUUUGUGUUAGAUGGUGCUGACAGUCCUACUCUCUGUUUUGUGUGAGAUGGUGCUGACAGUCCUACUCUCUGUUUUAUAUGAGAUGGUGCUCACAGUCCCACUCUUUGUUUUAUAUGAGAUGGUGCUGACAGUCCUACUCUCUGUUUUGUGUGAAAUGGUGCUGACAGUCCUACUCUCUGUUUUGUGUGAGAUGGUGCUGACAGUCCUACUCUCUGUUUUGUGUGAGAUGGUGCUGACAGUCCUACUCUCUGUUUUGUGUUAGAUGGUGCUGACAGUCCUACUCUCUGUUUUGUGUGAGAUGGUGCUGACAGUCCUACUCUCUGUUUUAUAUGAGAUGGUGCUCACAGUCCCACUCUUUGUUUUAUAUGAGAUGGUGCUGACAGUCCUACUCUCUGUUUUGUGUGAAAUGGUGCUGACAGUCCUACUCUCUGUUUUGUGUGAGAUGGUGCUGACAGUCCUACUCUCUGUUUUAUAUGAGAUGGUGCUGACAGUCCCACUCUUUGUUUUAUAUGAGAUGGUGCUGACAGUCCUACUCUCUGUUUUGUGUGAAAUGGUGCUGACAGUCCUACUCUUUGUUUUGUGUGAAAUGGUGCUGACAGUCCUACUCUUUGUUUUAUGUGAGAUGGUACUGACAGUCCUACUGUGUUUAAUGUGAGAUGGUGCUGACAGUUAUACUCUUUGUUUUGUGGACGAUGGUGCUGGCAGUCCUGUAUUCUUUAUUAAAUCAAAGCUGGUGUGAAUGUUUUUUUGCUGUGUGUAUGGUAGAGACUAACAUUCUUCCUGUAAGCUGUGUGUCCUAGAGUAAGUAUAGCAUUUCUGUUUAUAUUGGAUGUUAUAUGGGAUGUUGUAUUGUUGCCAUUUCCACUUGUUGUUAAAGGGUGAUUAACAUUGGUUUUGCAAGCUCUGUCUAAGAUGGCUGCUGUUUGCACUGUUUAUUGCGGGACGCUGGCAUUACUGCUUUCAGCACUUUGUAAAUGCUUGUUUGUAAAGGUGGAACUGACAAGUUUUAGUCUCAGACAAUAUGUGCAUCCCUCAUAGUGUGCUUCUAUAUCUGUAUUUUUCAGAGGGGACAUUUGUCUCUGUCCCUGCUGGCCAAAGUGUAACAUCAGGAUCUCUUGAAGACUGUCCCAUUGUGCACAAGGAGCGAUUCCCACAGGAUUUCUGGUCAGAGGUAUAUACUAUAUGCAGCAACACAUUCUGCAGCACUUUAUGAUUAUAGAAUGUUGAAAUGUAACAAGUAAUUGACAUUCAGAAUAUAACAGAAGCAAGAGGUGAAAAGGGCCUUUUAAUCUAUGAACAUGUUAUGAGGAACACUUUUUUAAAAAAAUCUUUGUUUUUGCUGUGCAGGAAGAACACACGCCUACUAUGUCACAACAGCAGGAGUAGGCACAUUAAUAACAUUUAGAAACAUAGGGAUGGCAAAAGAAAUAAGAGCACAUUUUUUUAAAGUAGUUAAAGCAGCUGACCAAGCCACAACAGCGUAGGUAACAAUCAUGGUCACAGACAAGAUAAAAUGCUUGUAUGGCAAUUGCUGGAUCUGCACACUUUUAGAGUUUGAAAUACAAGCUAUAGAAGCAUGUCUAGGUAUAGGUUAGAGUAGUAGCCUGCGUACAGAUAGGCUUUCUAGACAUGUAGACAACAAAAUUAGAUAUAUAGAGACCACCAGGUACUUGUCAAAGCUGCACCAUCAGCAGAGCAUUAGUUGCUAGAAGGUGUCAGAGGAGUAGUACAACUAUAGGUAAUGCAUCUCAUGAAUAAGUAAAAUAAUAAGGAGCUGACUAAUAAGUAAACCAGAAGAAAAUUAAAACAAAACUUUUUAGUUGACAUUAAACUAGUGUGCUAAAGCUGCCCAUAAUAGGCUCCAGGAAAGUCAGUGUCCUUAUCUCAGCCAAUUCCACAAACAUGCUUCAACUGGGGUCUGGAUUGGCUUCCAGUUACAGAUUUCUGCAUGGCUCUCCCUGCCUCACCUGCGGGUCGCUUAGAUCGCCAUAGGUGAUAGGGCCAUAUUUCUGCUUCUCCGCUCUCAUUGCCCAGGCCAGCAAAUGAGCCGGUGUCUUUUCACCACUUAGCCCCCAUCUUCAGAGGACAGGCUGAUGUUCUGUGAGACCCACACUAUGCAAGCAGUCCCACAUGGUCGUGGAUGGCUGAUGGACAUGACGACCAUCUUGGCUCUCUGCCCAGAAGGAGAGCAGUGUGCUGGGGUGUCAUUAUAGACACCCUCCGUCACAGGUUGGGUAAGUAAUGGCCUCGUCUGGUGGGACUUGAUCCGGGUCCAGAAAGCUGUGCAUAUAGCGUCAAAAGCUGCAUUGAACCUUGAUUCCCAUUGAGACGGUGGAUGCUCAGGUGGCGUGGUAGCCAUCUUUGGUAUGUCACUAGGCCUCUUCACGUCAGAGUAGGUGACAGUGUCUUUGCUCCUUAGCCCCCAUCAACUUUUCUCUGGUGGGGUCCAGGAUAACCCCCAGCGGUCUAGAGGGGGUGCAGGGAUUCAGCUGUAUGCGUUGUACAUGCUGGUAGCUCCAGACCGGCAGAUCGUUCGUUUCUCCCUUUCGCAGAUCGCCCAGGUGCAAAGGCCUCAAAAUCUAUUCUGAACUGCAUGUGGUUCAGAAAUCCUUCAAACUCUCAGAAAAUAACUCCUGAGUGGACAAGGGGAGGUAAGUGUUCGGUGGAGUCCCCUUUGAGGUUACAAUCCAAGCAGAAAGUUUAAAUUUCAAGCUGUAUGUGAGGAGCUUACUAAGAACACACCCAUUCACCAUGCCAGCCAGGCCCUGCCCAUUGAGGAGCACUUUUAACCACUUUUAUAAAUUAUGGUUUACGUAUAGGUUGGCAUUAUAUUGAUAGUUUGUAAAAAUUAAAGGCUGUACCUGGAAAACCGGGACAGUUGUCAUGUCUACCUGGCUACCUGCUUUCUUACAUUUCCUGUGUCUUUGAGUAUUUUGGGUCAAAAUGCAGUUCUGAAAAUAUAAAAUUCAUAAAAGCUUAUAAACACUAUUCACAUUAAAAGCUUAAUUUAACAAAACUACUAAACAGUGAAUGAGUGCCGUAGAUAGAUCAACACAAGAUGAAGAUUUUAAUAUAUCCAAAGAUUGAAAUAAAACUUCUUGAUGUAUCCAGCUUCACUGUAGUCAUUUAUUUUUCCAUUUUAUGUCUACACUGAACCAUGAAGGUGUGUAGACAUAAAACGUUAAAUGCUAAGUUGUAAUUUGUUUCAAAUUUUUUUACUUGUAGUUUCCUUGGACACGCAAAGGAUUUAUGAGGACAACCUGGCAAAUAGACAACCGGUAUACACCCACAUGCUUUUACUUUCAAAGAUUGUCACAAUCAAGAAAACAAGCAACACACACUUUAAUAAAACACACAAACCUGCACUGUUGGCAGGGUCAUUGCUUUGGCACUAUAUGGCAAUCAGUAUGAUAAAUGUGUUUGUAUUCAGCUCAUAUCUCUAGUAAUGAGUUACCCUUAAUUCCAGUCAUUACCUCAAUCCCCUCCCAUGUACACACUUGGCAUUACUACCUCCUCCUUCUCCUUAGUAGUACAUCACUUCACCCAAUACACACACGCAAACCUCUCCUCUAUAACAUGUUAUAGUGCUCUAAAAAGCCAUUGUCAUUCUUUUUAGGUCUCCAAAUUGUUCUACUUUACAGACUCAGACACCUGUUGCUGUCCCUGAUAUCUUUACUACUUUGACUAAUAUGCAGUUAUAUAUAUAUAUUUUUUUUUUUUUUUAACAGGUUAUGUAAAAAGAACAGUUCUGUUGCAAAAGUCUUAAAAUUGCAGUAUUUAAUAUGAACUUUCCUUUGGUUUCCAUAUUGAUUGUUCUUUUUCAGAACUUUGCCCCAGAAGUGAUCCUUAUAAAUAAACCCUAUGUGAAUCAAAGCACUAGGAAUUACAGGAACCAGAAAGUGUGGCUUGUAGAAUAUAACAUUUUGUUCACACCUGGAUAAACUCUGAUAAUUAGAGCCGGCCUCAUAAUUGUGAAGCCAAACAGUUUGGAGCACAGAUUUAAGAAACACUCCAUUCCAAAAAUAGGAAGUGUGGAAAAAUAAAUAAAUAAUAAUAAUAAAUAUAUAUAUAUAUAUAUAUAAAUAACCAUUUAGUAAAUAUGCCCCCAAUGAAAACCCACAUGCAUCUUUGUCAUUGGGGGGUAUAUCUAAAAAGAAGCCUCUGAAUCUGUACCUCCAUGCACAUGUGUCUGUUCACGCACACACUGCACCAGCGUUCAGUUAGAACGCUUGUCUCAUGUGAGAAGGAAUGGGGCAAAGGCAGGAGAUUAAGGAGAGUGUGCCUGCCAUUUCCGUUAACUCAAGGGAUCUAAUGGAAGGAGGAAGUAAACCUCCAUGGCUAUCUGGUUGUUAACCAGGGAGGUGUUUCAUAAUUUACUUGAAACUGGAAUUAAAAUCUGAUACUCCAUACCCAGUGGUGUAUUUUGGAUUUGUGCUGCCCUAGGCAUGAGGAAACUCGGGCAGCCCCCUAAUCUAAAUUUUACCCACCCCUUCCUGUUUAGGACCAACACGCAUUUUGACUGAUAGACACAAACUGACACAACUACUCAGUGACAGGCACACACUCUCAGACAUAGGUACACUGGCAUAAAUGCACACUCACUGAUUUGACACUCACAAUCACUUAGACACAUGCACUCAUUGACAGACACACUCACAGACAUACUGACACACACUAACAGAUAUACACCCACAGAUUCACUGAAAGACACACAUAUUCACUCACAGACAUUCACUGACAGACACACACACUCCAGACAUACACUGACACACACACACGCUCACAGAUUUACAAUGGCAGACACGCGCACUCACUGACAAAUACACACUGAUACCCAUAAAGCAUUCAAGCAAGCCAAAGUGCUUUAUUGGUGCGGUGUGGUCCUUUAACCUAUCACUCCUCAUAUUAGAUUCAUAAUACAUUCAAGGCUUAGCAUACACCAUAUCUACAUGACCGUAAUGUAGCUAAUAUCACCUGCUUACAAAUUCAAUAAUCGCCUGACAUUCAGAUAUAAUAGCUACAUGAAACCUAUAGCCCACACAGCAACCGAAUGUGUCAGAAAAUGAACAGUUAAGUAACGAGAAGCAAUUAACUAUGUUGACAUUUAGGAAUACUGUAUGUUUUGGAAAUAUGGAAUUUACCUAAAAAUAUAUAAUUAUUUGAGUGUCAGAUACAGGGACAAAUACAUAAUAUUUGUGACUAUUGAUUACUGCUAUAAUAUGCUACAUGUAUUUCACAUUGUAUGUUUCAAAAUGUAAUAAGGAUUUUGUCAUAAAACUUUUUUUGGUAUUCAGGACCUUUGACCUGGUGAACCUUCAUCUCUUCCAUGAUGCCUCAAAUUUUGUGUCAUAUCAUUGCUCCCCAUCUGUGUAUAGUGCUAAUCGGAAAAAAGCCUUGGAUCACAUCUUAACCAGGUACAAGGUAGUCCGCUAAUAAAUUAAGGCCAGUCAACAUUCAUAAUAAAUUAAAGGAUCACUAUAGUGUCAGGAAAACAAAGCAGUUUUUAUGACACUAUAGUGCCCUGAGGGUGCCCCCUCCCAUGACGCUGAAGGGGUUAAAACCCCUUUAGCAGCUUAUCUUAAUCCAGUGCUGGGCUCCCUCGGUGCUGGUGACCUCUCCUCCCCGACGUCAGCGGAGCCGAAUGCGCAUGCGCAGCAAGUGCCACGCGCGCAUUCAAAGUGUCCAUAGGAAAGCAUUUCUCAAUGUUUUCCUAUGGACGCUCUGCGUGAUGGAGGUGAAAUGUCGCAGAUGCGCCUCUAGUGGCUGUUCGGAAGACAGCCACUAGAGGCUAGAUUAACCCCAAAUGUAAACAUAGCAGUUUCUCUGAAACUGCUAUGUUUGCAUCUGAAGGGUUAAAACCUGAGGGACCUGGCACCCAGACCACUUCAUUGAGCUAAAGUGGUCUGGGUGACUACAGUGUCCCUUUAAAACCUCUUUAGAUAUGUUUAAAGCUGCCCUGGAAAUUAUUGCUAUUUUUAUGGUUCUAUCCUGCAGUUAUAGUCUGGUAGUUUGAUACCCAGGAAAGCACCCUGAUCUCUCACUGUCUGUAAACAUAGACUUCUUUUAAUUGCUGUUCAGUUAUAGGAUUCAAGCAUUAUUAUUUUAUUUCUCCAUAGGAUCUGAUUACACCUUGAUCCAACUCCUGGUUGCUUUUACAGGCUAUACACCAUUAGGCCACUCCUUGCUGCAUUCUCCUUAUUUCUAAUCAUUGCGCUUCCUUUUUAUCCCCCCCGCCCCCUCCAGAUUACAAGAAAACUCAGAUGUCCCAUUUUUCCUGUUUGGGGAUUUUAAUUUUCGUUUGGAUUUGAAUAAAAUGAUCUUGGUGAGAUUUCUUUGGGUGCUUAUAUAUUAUUUAUGUAUUUGUGUGCUCUUUAUGUGUGUGUAUAUAUUUGUAUGCCAUUGAUCGUCACAACCAUUAGAUGAUGCUUUGGUCUCUGCUUAUAGGAACAAGGUUGGGAUCUAAAGACCAGGAAUGAUUCAGAUGGAAAGACCAUUGAGUAUGAACAAGAUGGAGAGGUGAUAUUCAGAGCCAGGUUCAUUCCCUCUGCUUUCUGCUUCCCUUGUAUCUAUCUUGUGCACAUGAGAUUAUUAAUGAAAAUUUUGUAGUCUAGUUUCCUGGUUCUUCAUCUACAAAUCCUGCUAUGUUUAAUUUGCCAGUAAAUUGGAGCCAUGGACUGUAGGUUGUCCAACUAAGUACUAGAUAGAUUGAUGCUUCUAGCCUUCUCUCUGAUCUUGACAUUAUCUUUCUCAACAUCUUCUUCCUUGUUUGUGGUGUUUACUAAUGUUGCUUAUACUCUCAGUAUCUCAUUCUUUGUUUCUAAUCAUUCAAGCACUAGUUUUUGUUUUCUUUCUAAUUUACCUUUUGACUUGGCUAUCUUUUUUUUUUUAAUUCUUUAUUUUGUUGUGCAGGUGUUUACCUAUCGAUUUAAUGACGCCACAACAGCGUAAACUUUGACAUUGUAGUAAGAACAGUGGCAUGGAAGUCAAUGCAUAUUUUUAUAGUAUUUUUGAGAUUAAACAAUUUAACAUGUUACAGUAAAUAAUAUAAAAUAAACAGUACGUUGAGGCUAGAGUAAAUUAACAGUUGGCACAUUCUGCAAUGGCAUCUGGGGAGGUAAUACUGCUAGGGUCUGAGAUAUAAGCCUGAACUCAGUGCUGCAACUUAGGGUAACACCUGAGGCUCUCUGUAGCAUUAGUCUAUUCAGUGUGGUAUGGCGCUGCAGGAAAUCUAUACCGAAUAAAGACAGUGUUAUAUAAGAUAGGCAGGAGACUUAUGCAGGCUAGAUUUCAUUAUAUAUACUAGGACAGAGCGCCCUGACCAUUAGGUGCCAUCAGCGUUGCCUGAAUAUUUAACUGAAACGAGAACAUUGUGCCAACAAACCAGGGUUGAUGCGCGUCAGCCAAAUAAAGUACGUAAAAGAAAUGCAAGGUAAUAGCUGGUUAGUGAGUAUAAGAGUAUCACCCUUUACAGAGUAUAUGUUGAAAUGCUUGAGUGUACUGCUGGGUAGAUAAACAGGUUAGUUAAUGCAUGCAGGAUUUAACAGUGCUCUCUGGUGCCUGAGAGCAGGUAUCUUAGCGUCCAUUGUUGGCUGUUAGCCUACCCCGCUAGGAGGCUCAGGGGGAGAAUAUCUCGCCAUGAUAGUCCCGGUGCCGUGUCUUUUCGUCUCCUGGAGCCGUGUGGGGUGUUGCUGAGGUGCCCGCUGGGGGUCACUUUGUACAGGGGAUGAGGCAUCGCAGUACCGCCACAGAUAGGGUGCAGUGCGGAGCUUCUCUCCAAUCCAUUGCCGUUGCUGUCAUCGUGGGACGGACCUGGCUAAUGGUGCCUGUAACUUUUCGGGGAGGAGAGCGACCCAGAGUGUUGUUGCGGCAGUAAUGUUUCCUGCAGUUUGUUUGGUCGGUGAGUGCGUCUUUGCGGGGUUUUGAAUCUCGGCCCUGCGGAGCCCGUGUUGGGAGUUGUUUGAGCUUUUGUGCGGACCGGUCUCUGCUUAGGCCUACACUCCUCCCGGCUUUAUGUUGUUCCGUUCCCCUUCUGAGGCUGAGGUGGUCGUGCAGCUGUUCUCCGCUCAAGAGAGGCCCAGAAGCGGUCAAACAGGGCAUCUAGCCUCUUCAGAGAUUGCUGGACGAUAUCAGGGUAGGCUCCUGUAGGCUUUUUGGGUUCAUCGCCAUGAGGUGGGAGUGCAGCCGUCAUCUUGGCAAGGAGAGUUGCACCUCGAGUAGGUGCAGACCUAGAGGCCCUGCCACUCUGUGCAUCUUGUGGCUGGCCAGCGGGGACCGGGAUAACCCCCACCGGUCCAAGGAGGGGGUAGCAGGUCUGCAAUUGCCCCCUGCAGGAGCUGUGUCGUGUGCCAAGUGGGAGAGCGGCCGGCCGGCCCGCCCGGGCAACGUUCCAGGCCCUGACGGAACCCUCGACCAGAGAUUGAUCCGGGAGGGAGGCAAGAGGGUCAGGGUGCCCCGGCUGGCUCCUGCUUAAGGUGCGCUGCAUAGUCGGUCGUUUUAGCUUGCUGGAACGCUUUACUGUAGCUUAAGUCUCCGUUUGGCUGCGGAGCUCCCUCGAAACGCGUCCAGCCGCCAUGAAGCUCAGGCCCGCCCCCCUUGACUUGGCUAUCUUAAACCUUAUCCAUCUAUCUUUUCUUUCUGUCUUCCCCAAAUCUUCCAAUGUCAAUGUCUCUCAUCAUUCUAUCUUGCUCAUAUACUCUUUCUCCAUCUUACAUUUCUUGGACCCUUUUCUGUCUUUUAUCUUCACUUUUCUCACAUUUUCUUGUACCAGGUGCGGUUAAUCAUGAAGAGUAAGCGUUUUGAGUAUCACAAUGUGAAGAUCUUACAGGAGGACAGUGGUCGGGCGGUGAGUAUUCCAUUUACAUGUGCUGCUGUAAUCGUCACUAUGUAGAAAGUGUGUUUUUUGAACAAGAAAGAGAAAAUGUAACAUGUUAUUUAUAUUUAUUUUGGAUAUAUUAUCAUACACCGUUCAUAUUUACAGACCAUAUGAUGAGCGUUUAACUAGCAGUAGUAGUACGUUUACAGAGCAUCCAUUAUUAAUCUCAGUAGGUGAUUUAACUUAUCACAUUUAAUUUAGCAGAUUUUAAUUAGUCUGUUUUGCUUCUAGCUGCUAAUGUAUGACUUUGAGCCUCUCCAUUUCCAUAGUGGCCUCACUGAGAUGCCAAUCUCAUUCCCUCCCAGGUACGUACACACCAAUGGAAGGCUAGUGUCCUGUUUACCUUACACACCCUGAUUGCUACCAUGAAAAACGUUUUAAUUGAUUAAUUCAAACUUUGUAACUUUGUACCUAUGUUAUUUGUCUUAGUUACCCAUUUAGUGAGGUGGUUACUAGACCCUCUGAGUUUAUGGGGACCCGUUGCCCUGCCUGGUGUGAUCGUGUCUUCAUGUCACAUUCUGCCAGAGAUCUUCUUAACAAGGUGAGGGCACUCCAUAUUCGCUUAUCUCAUCCUUCAUUUCCAUCAUACGUCUUCUUGUCUCACAGCUUUUAUCUCCCUUUUAACAUUUUAAAAUCUGGAUUUUUUUUUCUAUUUUCCAUCUUGGCUUUUGGCCAUCUGGCUUCAACCUGUGUUAGUCUUCUCUCUUUCUGCUUGUUUUCUUCCUUUGAGCUCAUGACUGUUCUUGUUGUGUGAUUCAGUCAGCAUAGAGGCUAACGAUAUAGUCGGAAGAUACCUUGGAUCAUAGUUCAUUACUAAAGCUUGCUGAGAUUGUUUCCCUUAACGAAGUCGGUAGUCUUGAGCAUAGUUGACAGACUUCUGGGUCAAGUCUUGGUCAACCAACAUUUCUUUUGGAAGAAAGCAAAGCAGACCAAUAAAGUUGCUGUACCUAGAAAGUAUCCACAAACUCGUUGAGUUGACAGAGAUAUGUCUGCAGUUCUUUAUGGACAAUAGUGGAUCUUGGGUGAAGUUUCCUAAAAUUUAAAGACUUGGCUGUCAGCAGUGCCCUCCUUCAUACUGAUUUCUGCUGCCUUGCCUUUCUCACAGCCCUCUAUUAAGAGUCAGGCCUUUCUAGACUGCAUGGCUGGCUUAAAUUUUUUUUAGUAAUUUCUCCUGUUCCGGUUCCUUGUCAGGGUAUGAGUUCUACUUGGUCCCGAGUACUUCUUCUCCAAAGCGAGGCUACCUCAAAUGGCAGAUUUCCCAUUUGUCAGUGACCCCACGGGUAUCAUUAACGAAACCCUUGUGGUGGGCUAAUAUGAACUUUCUUGUCCUGUUCUGCUUUCUCUUUUCGGCUAUAGCACUUUCUUCUCAGAUAUCACCAUAUCUCUUUCCCUUCUUGCAUAACCAAUUCUCUUAAGUGCAGUUUCCAUUACUCUCCAUGCUUACACACCUUUUAUCCAAUACAUAUUACACGUUUUCCUGUCUGUUUUACAUGCCAUAUCUGUUCACACCUAACUAUUUCUCGUAUUCUGUCCUCUAAAGGAAAAAGAUGGAAAAAGAUGUGUGUGGUAUGACAGAAUUGGAGCAGAUGUCUGUAUGGGAGAUCACAAGGUAAGAAAUAAUGGGUUGUAUUCAGUGGCGUAACUAUAGCGGCCCCGUGAGCCCUGCGACCAGUGCGCAUAAUUUUAGGGCUGGCCUGGGGGGGAGGACCUGACACAUGGAAAAGCUGGGAGGGGGGUGUGAGAUGAGACACAUGAGGGGAGUGGGGGGGGGGAAUGAGACACAUGAAAGAGAAGAGGUGGGAGAAUGAGACACAAGGAGGAGCUGGGAGGGGAAAACUAGAUACAUGGGUGAUGAAACACAUGGAGGAGCUGUGGUGGUGAAUUAGACCCAUGGAGGGACUCGGGGGGACAAUGAGACAUGUAGAGGGGCUGGGAGGGGUGAAUGAGACUCAUGGUGGGGCUGGGGGGUGAAUGAGACUCAUGGUGGGGCCGGGGGGUGAAUGGGACUCAUGGUGGGCCCGGGGUGAAUGAGACCUCGGGGGUGAAUGAGACUCGUGGAGGGGUUGGGGGGUAAAUGAGACUCGUGGAGAAGUUAAGGGGUAAAUGAGACUCGUGGAGGAGUUUAGGGGUAAAUGAGACUCGUGGAUGAGUUGAGGGUUAAAUGAGACUCGUGGGGCGGGGGGUGAAUGAGACUCAUGGUGGGGCCGAGGGGUGAAUGAGACUCAUGGUGGGCCUGGGGUGAAUGAGACUCAAGGUGGGCCCGGGGGGUGAAUGAGACUCAUGGUGGGGCCUGGGGGUGAAUGAGACUUAUGUAGGGGCCGGGAGGUAAAUGAGACUCAUAGAGGGGCCGGGGGGUGAAUGAGACUCAUGGAGGGGCCGGGGUGAAUGAGACUCCGUGGAGGGGCCGGGGUGAAUGAGACUCGUGGAGGGGCCGGGGGGUGAAUUAGACUCGUGGAGGGGUUGAGGGUUAAAUGAGACUCGUGGAGGAGUUGAGGGUUAAAUGAGACUCAUGGAGGGGCUAGGGGGUGAAUGAGACGCCUGGAGGAGUGGGCGGGGUGGGAGAAUGAGACACCUGGAGGGGCUGGGGCGGUGAAUGAGACACCUGGAGGGGCUGGGGCGGUGAAUGAGACACCUGGAGGGGCUGGGGCGGUGAAUGAGACACAUGGAGGGGCUGUGCUGGGGUGGUGAAUGAGACACAUGGAGAGGCUGUAGGGUCGAAUGAGACACAUGAGGGGGGGAGGGGGCAAGUCAAUUUGUGCACAGGAGUCCAGUGGUUUAUGGUUGUAUUCCUAAUCCUUCAGUGGUAUGUAGUCUAAGGGCUAUUUACAGUUGUAUAUUGGUAACACGUUUCUUUUCCUUUUUGCUUUUCUAGCCAGUUUUCCUCUAUUUUGACAUGGAAGUUCCUUCUAAAAACCUGAUUGAUUGA